AUGACCUACGAGAUGACAAACCCUCCCUAUUAUAUCGCUGUCCGCAAGGGCUGGAACUCCUGGAACUGUUCGUCGCUGGUGGGCGUCGAGCGCACGCAGACGAGUCAGACCACCAUCGAAGACGUGUUUAUCCGGAAAUUUAUUUUCGGCACUUUUCAUCGACUCUUCCUCUCGGAGCUCAUCAUCAAAAGGCGGGCCAACCUUAUUGUGAUCGCCGGUAUCGUCCAUCAGACCAUCGCCCAGACGAAGAUCUACUUUCUGGUGGGAUAUACCGAAGCCAUCCUCUCCUAUAUCCUCAAGUGUCCCGUGAAGAUGGAUAUACAGACCACUCACGACCCGAAGGCACUCAUUGUUAAAUACAUCUGA